CGUUCAUUAGCCGUCAGUCUCGUGAGAAAAAUCUCACGGUGAACAGACACGAGCAGAAGAGAGCGUACCCCCGCGGCAGACACAGGCACAAGUUGGUGCCGGACGCGCGCGAUGCCGCCGAGCCGCGCCUUGCUCGCCGUCGCCGCUGCCGUGCUCGUCCUGGUCGCUGCCACCACGGAGAGGGGCGUCGCCGCCCAAACGACAGUGGUCGAUCCGGACAGCUGGGCAGAGGCGGCGGAUCACGGCGCUGCUUGCACGGGUACGGUGGAGGAGUGCGUGGGCGGCGGCGCGGCAGCGGCCACCAGGAGGGAGCUGGCCGGGGGCGGGUACAUCAGCUACGACGCGAUGAACCGCGGCCGUGUGCCGUGCUCGAUCCGCGGCGCGUCAUACUACAACUGCCGGCCGGGCGCGCCGGCUAACCCCUACUCCCGCGGCUGCUCCGCCAUCACCAGGUGCCGAGGCUAGCGAGCGAGCUGGCUCAUGGCGGCAUGGUCUGAAUUGCUCAGUUCUUGCAGCUUGUAAGACAAAACCUCCUUUUCUUUGGUUUCUUUUUCAAUUUUUGGUGAUCUUGGGAUUCUAUAGUUGGCUUGAGAUUGAUCACAAAAUCUUGGGGGUUCUAUAGAUGGCCUUUUCAAGUUUCUUGCUCCAUAAUUUUGUAAUUGGCAUUGGUAGGCGACAAGAAUCCCUGAUUCAU